AUGCAAGUGUUUGGCAAGUUUCCAGGUCUUCCAGGUCUUUUCGUAUCAGCUGUGUUUAGUGCAGCAUUAAGUUCCGUUUCAACUCUCUUAAACUCUUUGGCAGCAGUGUUACUGGAAGAUUUUAUUAAACCGAACGUUCGAAGUCCGAUCAGUGAAAAUACGGUGGCUAUCGUUAUGCGGACCAUUGUAAUAGUUUUUGGUGUAAGUGCAAUUGGACUAGUAUACAUUGUCGAAAAAAUGGGGAUGGUAUUGCAGCUAUCUGCUACUAUGCAAUCGAUUUCAUACGGACCUAUGUUAGGCAUUUUUUCUACUGGUGUAUUGAUGCCAUGGAUCUCAGAAAAGAGUGUUUUUGUUGGAAGCCUUGUCGCCGUCUUGUCCAUGACUUGGAUAUGUAUCAAAGCUCAAAUGGCCAUUGUGACAGGCUCAUUUCGUCACACAAAAUUGCCGGUUUCCGUUGAGGGAUGUGACUACGAAUAUGAUAACAGUCGCUACCUGAAUUCUACGAAUGAAUACGAGGUUAAGAAUGGAAAUGCCAUACACCAUAUCUCUUUUCUGUUGUAUACAAUGCUGGGUGCUCUUAUCACCAUUGUAGUUUCAAAUAUCGCUUCACUUUAUUUUGGCCGAAAUAAGAUAUCUGAUGUAGAUAAAAAGCUAAUUGCCCCAUUCAUUGUCAAAUAUAUCCAAAAGCAGAGCUAUAAAAAUGUUCAAACAUCCGAGAAGCUUGAAAUGGAGUAAUACCUUGGAUCACAGAAAGCUACGUAACUACAAUCAAUUUAAAAUCGAUGUUAAUCAAAAUGUUAAAAUUUCUCAACUCAAAAAUAAAAAAUAUUUUGAGAUUUUUAUUUCUGGUA